UUAAGUACGGUAACCACGAAGUAACCUGACCGUAAACAACGAUUUCGCCGGUUGACUUCCAACUUUGGUGCAGCAACUGGCUGCAAAAUUUGUGAUGUCGACUUUCAAAUUUUCCUCAUUCACAGAGAAUGCCACCGAGCCGGACCAGGACGCCAAUUCAGCGUUGACCGAACUGGACAAAGGCUUAAGGUCUGGUAAAGUAGGAGAACAGUGUGAAGCAAUUGUAAGGUUUCCUCGCCUUUUUGAAAAAUAUCCAUUUCCAAUUCUUAUAAAUUCAUCGUUUCUUAAAUUGGCAGAUGUCUUCCGAGUCGGUAAUAAUUUUUUGAGGCUGUGGGUUCUGAGGGUGUGCCAACAGAGUGAGAAACACCUUGACAAAAUACUCAACGUCGAUGAAUUCGUAAAGAGGAUUUUCAGCGUUAUCCAUUCCAACGAUCCAGUAGCGAGGGCGCUUACGUUGCAGACACUGGGCAGCAUCGCCGGUGUGAUUCCAAACAGGCAGCAGGUCCAUCACAAUAUCCGGCGAUGCCUUGAUUCUCACGAUAGCGUUGAAGUAGAAGCGGCAAUCUACGCCGCUAUGCAGUUUGCCGCCCAGUCGAAGUCAUUCGCUCUUGGCAUGUGUGACAAGAUAUCGGAUAUGAUCCAAGGAAUAGCUACACCGGCACAUCUUAAACUCCUUUUAAUACCAAUUCUUCAGUACAUGCACCAUGACACAUCUUCAGCCGCCAUGGUACGAAAAGUUUGUACGGAUCUUUUACCAAAAUACCCAGCGAAGGAUUUCGUUGUAACGACACUGAACACAUUGACAAAACUUGCUGCGGCGACUUUAGUCGACAUUCCAAAUCAGGUAGAGCUGUUACUCCACUACUUAACAAAGGACCGGCGGUGGCCGGUGAAAAAGGCUUCACUUCUGGGCCUACACCAACUCGCCAAAGUCGGCCCUCACUUAUGGCCGCAGAAAUGCGUGACCGAAACGAUUCAAGUGGCUAGAAAUUCGAAAAGUCAAGGGGUCGUCAUGCUCGCUCUUGAUAUAUUUAUCGUUCUGACACAAUCUUCCGUGAUCUGCAAAGAAUAUGUAGAAUCAGAUUCUGAAUUGAUGCAGCUUUGCCAAGCAACAUGUUUUUCUCAUAGUGAGGUGAUCCCAGCAAAGUCUGUUAAAAUAAUAACCCACAUGGUCAAAUUUUGUUAUGAGGAAGGCCAACCUAUCACGGAUGUCGAAAAGUACAUCAGCCUUGUCGAGAUGGCACUGCUCAUACUCAAGACUAACAGGAGCAAUUAUCAAUGCGCCAUAACAAUCUGCAAACUGUACCGCUCUUGGGCCGACCGUUUUAUCGACCUUGUCGCCACACAAUUGGCCUACUCUAAAGAGAGUUGUUUCAUGAUAUGCGAAGCGUUGGCAGGAAUAGGCGGCCUCGAACCUCAAGCCUUGGAAGCAUACCUUCCAGAAAUUUUAGAAAAGAUAAAAGAAGUAGUAUUAAAUUCGAAUCAAACGGAAAAAAUAAAAACAAAGUGUAUGCUAUGCACUUUAGUUUUUCAAACAGUUAGACCUUCUGAUUGGGAUUCAACUCACCAAGAAGCAAUCACAUCAAUUAUUGAAAAUACCGAUCUUUGGGCAAAUUAUAAAAUAGCACGUGCAGCUGCAAGAUACGGCCAUUUUGGAAUCUGCAGAGAUAUUAUAUUGAAACUGAAGGGUAAGGUUUCCUCAGAGCACCAUCAUUUUUGGAUUAUUGCUUUGGAACAUCUGAGCAACGGUGAGGCCGCGCUUGUCGGAAACGCCCCUCUCACAGAAAGGCUCGGACAAGCCAUAGCUCAUUACAACACUGCAAUCGCUUCACUAAGGGCUGGAAGCAUUCCUUCGCACAAUAUGUCCUUCCAGUGCGAAUAUGCUCUACUGAGAAGUGAAUUGCUGCAGUGCUUUCACCAAUUGGUCGUCGCUUGUCAUAGCCUAUGUUUCUCCCCGCCGCCUGCGAUAGCUGCGACAAUCGUAACCGCGAGCCGUGAUGAUCUGCAAUGCUCGGGCCACAUUACAAACCAGUUGAGGAAAUGUGCAAAAGAGUUUCGAUCUUGUGGCGAAGCGUUUUGGAAACUGUAUCAAUCUGCUUUCGAUGCUGACCCAAUUUCGCUCACAAAUAUUCAAAUAUUACAGCAUAUGUGCAUGGUGAUGACCUACAGCAUUGAAUCUAUCUCUACGCUAAAUUAUCAAGGAGAAGAGCCGGCUUUGGAUUUCUCUCAUCAAUACAGCAGUUUGGAGACACAAGUGAUGUUGAAUGCUUGCAAAGCUGCAAGCCUGCUUCAUAAAACAUUCGAUAAUUCUGUCAAAGCAAUAACACAUCAGCAUAUAGAGUGUCUUCUUCAGCAAGUCGAGUUGCUCAUUGCAAGCCCAUUUUGCCUACCGAGAUUCUUCUUUCAAGUUUUACAAUCGACGAGCGUUAAGUUGGCAGUCUCUCCUCAGCCGAAGGUCAGCGGGGAGUGGAUAAUAGCGACGAGUGGUACACAGCUCGCUGUAAAGGUCGAGGGCGUGAUACAGCACGCGUCUAAACCCGGGUUAUUUCGAUCUGUUGAAAAGGUCAUGGUUACGCUUAACUGCCAGGGAACUGCUCGCGUUAAUGCGAAUGAUAAGACACCAGAAAUGAACUUGAUGUUUACACAAACUGUGGUGCCACAUAGAGAUUUCUUCUCUGCGCAGUUUCUUGUCUCUCUCGGCUCUGGUAGCGUGCAAGCGACUGUGACUGUCACAGCUGCCGUAGUUGAUGAAACAGGGGCCAUAUGGCAAACAGGACCAAAGUCGACAUUAAUCUUAAAACAACACGAUGAAGCAAUUGGACGUGUACAUUGAAAAAUCAAUAAUUUGUAAAUUUUGUGUAAAUAUAUCUAUUCUUAAAAAAUUAGA